GCACUGGCAUGUUAAAAUUCGGAACGUGUAAAUUAUGUGCCUAUGCAUCAGAGGGGGCCUUGGAAGUAAAGAAGUGAGGAGAGUCACUGUUGUAUUUUCAGUUUUUGUAUUGUCCUGUGUAGCCUAAUGCUGCCAUGCGGGUUGUGGUGACGAUUUUGUUGCCUAUAUUAACUUGAAUAUAGGGAAGCUCACAACUUAAUUUAGGUUGCACAAAUGCUGACAGAACAUUUGGACUUAGUACUUUUAUUGUAAGGAGCGUAAUCAUAACUAGAUAGCCUAUUUGACAAUACUUGGGUACUUUCCUGAUUCUCAUUAUUAGAUGGUGGAGACAAUACGUUAUGAGGUCAGUAAUGUGGUUUAUAAUGCAGUUCUGUAGUUGAAACCACUGAGCCCUGAUGCGUUGUGGUUGAAGCUCAAUUCUGUUCCUAUUGCAUUUAAGAGACUACUUCCGUGUUAUUCACCGCCCUAACCGUUUAAUUGUAGACAUACUCCAAUCAUACACUAGGGGCGAGGCUUAUCCACAGGACGGGAAUGCCCUCGUUUGUUUUUCAGAUAGCUACUGCUAACUUGGUAGUAGCUACAGAAGAUCACAAGACGUCCGUGAACAUCUAUUUGUAUGUUUCGCUUAGUGGUAAUUACGGUUCAUCGACGCACCGGUGAGGUUGACACGGGAAUGUUGCUUGUCUGGUAGUUGUUUUCAUAUGGGAGAAACCUUUGCUCCGACGAUCAAAAGGACUUUUUUCAUGCUAUCGUAGCUAUAGAAGACGGUAGUAAAGAUGGGGUCUCAUGGAGUGUUGUCGCGCGGGUCCCUGGGAUGGAGAGGAGAAGGGAACUUCAGCUCGUUGUGUCCGAACGGGUCGGAGUGGGUGUGGACCGGUCUCGGAGAGUGCGCCCAGGACGCGCGGGACAUGGCCAGUGUUGUUCUUGGCCUGGUAUCGAUCCUCUGCUUCAUGGUGUCUUCACUCCCGCAAUACUACAGUUCAUGCAAAACGGGGAACAUGGACAGUGCCCUGUCCAUUUGGUUCCUCCUGCUGUGGUUGGCUGGUGACACCUGCAACCUUGUGGGCUCCUCUUUAGCAGACCAGCUACCGUUACAGACUUACACAGCCAUUUACUAUGUUCUGGCUGACCUGCUGAUGCUGGGAAUGUACAUUUACUACGUUGUAAAGAAUAAGACUAAGACGCCUAUCAGUAACUCCGUUCUGAACGCUGUGGGUUUGCUGUACCUGGCUGGAGCUGCUACCUCACUGCUUUCCCUGCCUGAGGCUGGGCCUCAGGUGGACGUAUCGCAUCGGGAGUUCAAAGGUCGCUCUUUGCUGUCUGUCCUCGAAGACGACAACGGCCUGGUACAGACCUUCACGACCAAGGAAAUUAUCGGUUUCGCGAUCGGAUCCUUGUCGUCCCUGCUCUACCUGUCCUCCAGACUGCCGCAGAUUUACACUAACUAUAUGAGGAAGUCGACGGAGGGCGUGUCCUACUUCCUGUUUGCCCUGGUGAUCCUGGGCAACACUCUGUACGGCCUGAGCGUGCUCCUGAAGAACCCGGAGUACGGCCAGGCGGAGGGGAACUACGUGAUCCACCACUUGCCCUGGCUCAUAGGGAGCUUGGGCACCCUCACCCUGGACCUCAUGAUCUCCAUGCAGUUCCUGGUGUAUCGUUCCAAGCCACCCCAGGAGUACGGGAGACCGGACGAGACCACCGCCCUGCUGGGGAACUGAUGUACUGCGACCCCGGGGCGCUUUGGGAACGGAUCUGCGGGUCGCUCGCUCGGACGCGGGCGCCUGGCGAAAAGUGCACGCCAGGAAGGGAAACAGUCACGCACACGCACACACAACCGUUGUCAGUAUUCCACAUUCCCAUCUCUCCACAGAGAAAUCAUAAUAACGGCUGUUAGCUUCUUAUUUCUUUUUUUAAUAUCAUUUAUUUAUAUUUUAUUUUUCUUUUAAUUUUUUGACC